GCCCCAGGAACCAAGAUCUUACUUCGUGGCGCAGGCGCAUGUGCCUUACCACCAGCUGAGAAACUCCAAUAGAGCACCACUCUAGUAUUUACAGGAGGUUGUCACUUGGAAGGUGUCUUCACUUACAAUCUUCACCUACAAUCUACUCAGUCCCCAGAAAAGAGACUAGAGAGCACCGUUCACGGCCGUCAGUCGUUCACAGCGUCAUUGUACUUCUGCCCCUCCGCCGGUGUCAACUGCGCGCUUGUGCCUCUUGAGCCAACUUUCGAACGAAUACACCGCCAACUCUUCAAGAGGCCGCGCUGAGAUACGGCGCAUAACUCAGCCAUGUCGAAAGCAGGACACGUCGUCUCAUUCAUUAUUUUUCUCGUCGUGGUCGUAUUCCUCGCCAUUGUGGGAUACGUAGCAUACUCCAUCGCUCAUGAUGUGGGACACAAGACAAGGCAGAAGCUGGAGAAGAAGAAUGUGUCGUUUAGUCGAGAGGGAAUGAAGGUGGGCGUGCAUGAGAGGAGCGCAGAACACGAGGAAGAUGCUGCGCAAAGUGUCAUAACGAAGAUUUGGAACAGCUCGUCCUGGCCAGGAUAUCAAUCGCGCAUGGGCUGGGGUCAAGGCAAGAAAACUCCUGCUGCCACUCCGGGAGUGGAGAAGAGGAAUCCGUAUUCGCGACAAUGAUCUUCGAUUGCGAUUCCUCCUCUUUACUCGUCAGGGCUCGACUGAAGUGCAACCGAGUUG